AUGGCCAUCAAAGCUGGAGAUUUGGUAGCUACUGUACCUGGUAGCUCACCCACAAUGAUCUCAGACGGGAAGAGAAUGCGAGUGCUCUGGGUGAAUGGCCAUGGUGAUGGUGAUUCAACCAAAAGCUUUAUUGAUCGUUCCAAGACGACUGUCAGAGGCCAUCCAACCUGGAAGUUGUUCGCGGGAGACGUCCCGAGUCCAAUCUUCCGAGGCAGAAGAGAACCGCCAAAAUACGUGUACCUAGACGAUCGAGCAUGUUACGCUAUUUACAGUUCGAAGUUCUACGACGAGAAAGAAUUGAAGACGUUUUGGCCAUACGACUUUGACAAUCUCGGCAAUAUCAAGGCGAGCAGGCCUAAUAGGGGCCGGCCGGCUUAUCUAGACACUGCCUGUACCACAUACGCCAAAGGGCCACUACGUGGUGGAAAGACAGAAGGGUACGAGUUUUGUGGUGCAGCCUCGUCGUGCGGGGAACAGACUUCUCAACGACGGGUGAAGAAAGAAGCCGAACGAGCGCACGCAAAAGAGGUUGAGGAUAGCGCUAAGAUCUCACUGAGUGGUGCAAUUCCGGUCACGCCCUCACCUUCCACGAACGAACGAGUCAUCGACCCUAGAGGCUACCCGAUCGGCAGUAAGGUUGGCACCUAUUCGGCACGACCGGUCCGGAAACAGGAAGAUUCUAUCGGCAACGGCCGCAUCAAGUUCGAGCGCCGCACGCCCCCAAAACACUACGAGCCUGGCCCUGUCAACGGCGAUGUGAAGCCACUAGGCAUUCCAAACAAGGCUAUUCAAGGCUCGCCGUACCUCAAUAUUCCAGCGGCAAGUGUUCGGAAGCGACCGAGGCACAUGUCUGGGGAUAUGGCUGGAAUAAACGCACGCUUCAACUCCAAAGACAAUGCCGAGGAGAGGGAUACGGAGGUGACCACGAAGCAGAAAAGAAUUAAAGUCAAACAAGAGGAGGGCGAUCUGGUUGAGUCCAUGGUAUAG